CUUGUCAGUUGUCAAUACUCAAAAGACUGAUUAAGCGGACUUCCAAGUUCCAUAUAUAUGGGUAUUGGGCGUAUACCUGCUUGGAUUGUAUGAAAUGAAAAAAAAUACUUAUCAAAUAACAGUAGAAACAGAAGAGAUGUAACAUAUUAACAAAUAAUACCUAAAUAAACUUUUGGAUGAAAAUAUUCAUACACAAUAAUCAGUCAUGGAAGAAGUGGAUUCCAUAAUAAUACAUUUUCUUCGGCGAUUAAAUAUAGAUAUCAAUGAAGACAUUAAAAACAUUUGUGAUCUCCCUGUCGAAAUAAUAGUCGAGUCAGCGGCAAAAUGUAUUAAUACGAUCAAUAGCAGCCUCAAGGCCCCAAGUAGAUUACCACCUGGGGUCUCCCAACGAAUAGAGGUAGCAGCUCAAAUGGCGUCAAUAUGUAAGGAUUUGGGUUACCAGAAUGAUGUCGGUUACCAAACAUUCCUAUAUCACAACGAAACGGAACUCCGACAAGUGUUCAUGUUUUUGAUAGAGAAGUUGCCCAGUGAGGAUACAAAACCAACCGCUGAAAUAAAACCCAAAGACCAGAAACACCGACUGCUACAAAAUAUAAGCAAUAAAAUAUCUGAGGACCUCACUGCUGUAUGGAUACCACCAUGCUGUAAACCUACUAACAAAAGUAUUCUUGGGGAUUUUGUAUACAAACAAGCUCGGUCUGAGGUCAAUACAUAUCCAGAAGAUAUUUUGAACAAACUUACAAAGAUUCAACAAUUAAAGGAUAUUAAUAAAAUGGAUGAAACAACAGUAAUUCAAUCAGAAACGAGAAUGAGUCAUUCAACAAGCACUUCUGAGAUUCCUUUCUCAGGUCAAAAAUCAUAUAAAUUGGAUAAAACUGUCAAAGAAUUGAAAGAAACGGCCUCGUUGUUGAGACAAAAGUAUGAAGCCCUCACCAAGGAAAGAAGUGAUAUGGACUCGGAACUAUUACAAAUUCAAAAUAAUUGUGUUCGUUACGAAGCAGACCUCAGAAACAUACAAAAUAUUUUAAUUAGUGCCGGGGUCACCGACCUCGAUUCGAUGGAAGAUGGCGGAAAUAUAAUGGAAAAGGUACAUCAGAAUAUAACCAGCCUGCACCGUGAAAGUGAAGAUCUGACUUCAGAUAAUCUAUCAUUGACAAUGGAAAUAGACAGGUUAAGGAACAGUAAGAAACUUAAAGAGUCUGACAGAAGUAAGUGUAGAACAAUAUUGAUAAACCUCAAAGAAACUGCAAAGGCAAUCAAAGAAGAAUGUGAGAAAAAAGAGGAAUUAAGAAACCAACUUAAAACUAAAUAUGAGAGACUAAAAGGCGGCAACAAAAGACACAUUUAUACCAAAAGGAUCUUGGAGAUCAUCGGAAAUGUUGACAAACAGAACGCCGAGAUAAACAAAAUAUUAGAGGACACAAGACAACUGCAGAAAGAAAUUAACACUGUCGAAGGACAACUCGACAGGUGUUUCUCCAUUGCAGAUGAAACACUUUUCAAAGAUGCAAAGAGAGACGACCAGGCCAAGAAGGCCUACAAGCUGCUGGCGCUGUUACAUUCUGAAUGUAAUACUAUAGUGUCCCUGGUCAAUGAGACGGGAGUCCUGUCCCGGGAGAUCAUAGACCUCGAAGAUAACAUCAAAGCUGAGAAAUCCAAAAGAACUGAGGAUAUACUGCAGAAAAUACAUCUGGACCUGUCAAAACUACAGAAGGAAACUUGAUCAUGCUUCAAAUAAAUGUUUGAUCUGAGUUA